AGUAAUGUGUUUGCGAGAACGCAAGUUCAUUGGUUUCCUAUCUUAACACUUUCGAAAUUUCAUUCAUUAAUACAUCGCCGUUAAGCAUAAUUUUGUGUAAAUGUAAAAGAUUUACAAUAAUAGUAGCAAUGAACACCUAAGUGAAACCUGGAAGUUCCCCAACUUAAAUGGUACACAAUUGUCAAUUGAAUUUUUUUGAACGUCAGUCACGACAUAAUAUUGUUAGAAUGCGACAAAGAAAGUGAAAUUUCGAUCGGACAGGGACAGCUGGGGGGCAAAGACAAUGUUUUUCUGCGUGUCGCUCCCGUAACGCCCUCCUGUCAGCGCGGCGGCGAGCGUGCCGGGCGGUGUGCGCGCGAGUGAGUGAGUGAGUGAGUGCGUGCGCGCGCGCAUCGCUGUCAUGCGCUCCUUUCGGGCCAUUUAAAAACUAAAGGGGGGAAAAAAAAAACACAAGCUAAAACAAAACCCACAUUGCAUCCAAAAUGAUGGUGAAAUAAAGAACCGAGCGCGAGGGAGAAGAGCGAGAAGAAACAGAACAGGACGAGAAGAGUUCGGAGGAACUGAUCGCACGCGCUCGGCAGUUGGGUUGGUGAACAAUGACCGAAUACAAGCUGGUGGUGGUCGGAGCUGGUGGCGUGGGCAAGAGCGCCUUGACCAUCCAGCUCAUCCAGAACCACUUUGUUGAUGAGUACGACCCCACUAUAGAGGACUCGUACAGAAAGCAAGUAGUAAUUGAUGGCGAGACGUGUCUUUUGGACAUCCUCGACACAGCGGGUCAAGAGGAAUACAGUGCAAUGAGGGACCAGUACAUGAGGACAGGGGAAGGGUUUCUUUGUGUGUUUGCCAUUAACAAUACUAAGUCCUUUGAAGAUAUUCACAACUACAGAGAGCAGAUCAAGCGAGUGAAGGACUCUGAGGAUGUCCCCAUGGUGCUGGUGGGAAAUAAAUGUGACCUGCCCUCCCGAACGGUCGACACCAAGCAAGCUCAGGACUUGGCGAGAAGUUACGGCAUCCCCUUCAUAGAGACUUCGGCCAAAACGAGACAGAGAGUGGAAGAUGCCUUUUAUACCCUGGUACGGGAGAUCAGGCAGUACCGACUGAAAAAGCUCAGCAAGGAAGAAGAGACGCCCAGCUGUGUCAAGCUUAAAAAAUGUGUUGUAAUGUGAAGGGGUGUGGAUGACGCCUUCUACACGUUAGUCCGGGAAAUCCGAAAGCACAAAGAAAAGAUGAGCAAGGAGGGAAAGAAGAAGAAAAAGAAGUCCAAGACAAAGUGUAUAGUUAUGUGAAUAGGUCUUCCCCUUUUGAAGAAAAGAAAUUCUCAGUUGUGCUUAACCGGAAGUCAUACACUUUUGUACAUUACACUAAAUUAUUAGCCUUUUUUCCCCCCCAUUAGUUGUGUUGGCUAAUGUGAGCGCAACGGUUCUUCGUAGAUAGCUCACUGACAAGAAAGUCACAUAGGGUCACCCCCCCUUUUUUUUUUCUUUUCUAAAUUCAGUUCCAGCCACCUCCAAAGUGUUGGUCCUUUGUCUUGCUUUAAUAGCUGUCGGAACACGUGUUAUUUAUAACUGGUUUGUGCACACAAUUGAUUUUUGUGUGGGGUUGAAAAUGUAGCCCAACAACCAUUUUAGGGCUUUACAUGUGGAUGUACGAGAUUUAAAGUUGUCUGGUUGUAAAUUACCAGUCUUGUAUUUUAACAAGGAACUUUAAUUCCAGAACAUUCUCUUGAUCCGUGGUGCGGUGUAGUGCUGUUUGCAACUGGGGCCCUGUGCCUCAGAGGGGACCAACACUUUGUAGCUGAAGGGAUGCGAUCUAAUAACCCAUCACGCCCGUCACUUAGGCCCCGCCAAGUUUAGUUGUUUUAAGACAUGUCUGUGUACUUGAACCACAUUGUACACGAAAAGAGCCUCUUCUGUUACCUUUCUGUUUACACAUACAUUUAAGAUUUUGGGUUUUAUGAGUGAUCAAGUAGUUAGUAUUAAUUUUUAACAGUAGAGAGAACUUUAAUCCAUUUUUAUCUUCAUCAUUUUUAGAGAUCAAUGUUCUCCCGAGAUAUACGUGAUUCUGAUCAAAGGAACUGAUCUACUGACUUCAGGAAUGGGUAUUUUCGCUAUACUUUCUGCUGUAAGUAAAACCAGUGGCUUUCCCUGCUUACACCGACUACCCCCGCAAAUUGGGGUGUGUUCUUCCUCGGAAAACUCUUACUCUCCUCAUGGCUGUUGUCUUCCCAUUGUCCUCCUCCUCCAACUUUCCUUUGUGUCGUUGACUGCUGCCCUCUGUUUCUUCGUAGUGCAUGUUGGGUCUCCAAGGACAUGGCCCUCUGUCCACACAGCCCUUGUACUUCAUUUUGCUCGACUUUUACACUGUAAACAAAGCCGACGUGUUCACUGUGUGACUUCCAGGAGAUGAGACCAGCCCCGGUCAUUCCUGGUGGCUGUACCUCAGAUUGCCUGUCAUCAGUUUUUGUUUCUUAUUCUAGUUGAACUUCAUGGCUCUCAGCAGCUGCUUUUUUUUUGCAUUUGAACUGAAUUUCAAACUGCUGAAUUCAAAAGGAGCACCAGGCCAAUGUAACUGUAAGGUGAAAUUAGGGAAAUACUCUUUGGGAAAUGUGCACCACUUAGUGUAUUUAGCGGUGCGCAGGGUUUUUAAGAUGUAUAUCAACCUUGGUAAUAAAAGAGCUCGCUAUUAUGGCUGUUUCAUUUUGACUUGUUUUUCACCCCCAUGGCAGCCUUCACAUUAAGAAUCAUGUUGAGCCAAUGAAAUGUGCAUUAGGAGAGUGAGCAUGAAAAUUAAAACUCUGAAGGCAUUUUCUAAAGUUUCUUUACAGCUUAUGUGCCAACCACCAAUUAGACUUAAAUUUGUAGUUUUUACCUGGAAUGUAUUUAAACAUUUCAAUAGCUGUAAUACUGGAAGGUGCAUAUUUUGUAAAUCAUGCUUAAUUUUUAUUUUUUUGUUGUUGUUGAAAUGAAUUGUUAAUCCUGUUGAAGCCCUUUGUAAUGUUUUCUAGGAGGAUGUGCUUUGUGGUGAACUCAGAUCAGUCACUACAUUUUUGCCAUGAAUUUCACCACUCCUAUUUAAUGUAUAAUAA